GUGGUUGGAUGUCGUCACACCUCCACACGGCAGCUUUGAGACAUGUUUGUUCGACGGGUCCGGACGCGCAGAGACUUCCCGGGAACAGGAGCAGCGGCUGCUGAUGUAAAAUAACUUCCCUGACUGCCUGUGUGUGUGUGUGUGCGUGUGCGCGCGCGUCUCGACAGUCGCGUCGUUGCUCCACCUCCGCCCCCCCGCCUUGAAUUUAAGCUGCGAGGCCGCCUCUCAGGAGGAAGCAGACGGGAGAAAGGGCUGCUGUCAGCGAGGAGACACGGGAGCGAGAGACUGAGAGGAAAAAUACCCCCUAAAGAAAGAGUCAACGAUGGCGGAGAACAAGACGGGCCCCAACCUCCAGGCUGGAGCCGGGUUCCUCGCCAAGCGGGUCCAGAAGUCUCUGAAUCGAGCCCAGGAGAAGGUUCUUCAAAAACUGGGCAAAACCAUGGAGACCAAGGAUGAGCAGUUUGAGCUGUGCUUCCAGAGCCUCAACAAACAACAGAUCGACGCAAGCAGGUUGUUCAAAGACGUCAAAGCCCACCACGCAGCAGUGAAAGCCGUGCAUGAGACGUCCAAGCGCCUGUCACAGACGUUGCGAGACGUCUACGAACCAGAGUGGAAUGGAGUGGAGGACCUCGCCGUCAUUACAGAAAGUGAAGACCUGCUGUGGAACGACUAUGAAGAGAAACUAAGCGACCAGAUUGUGCGCACCAUGGAGAACUACACGAGUCAGUUCCCCGAGGUCAAGGAGCGCGUCGCUAAACGUGGCCGCAAGCUGGUGGACUACGAUUCAGCGCGUCACCACCUGGAAGCCCUACAGAGUGCAAAGAAGAAGGAUGAGGCCAAGAUAACAAAGGCAGAGGAAGAGUUCAACAAAACCCAGGCUGUCUUUGAGGAAUUGAAUCACGAGCUGAGGGAGGAGCUGCCUGUUCUCUACCAGAGCCGGAUAGGUUGCUAUGUGACCGUGUUCCAAAACAUAUCAAACUUGAGAGAUGUCUUCUAUAAGGAAAUGAGCGUGCUGAACCAUGAGCUGUACAAUGUGAUGAAGAAACUGGAGACCCAACACUCAGGAAAAGCCUUCAUCAUCAAGGGUCUGAACAGCAUGACGAGCAAGUCAAAGAAGCGAAAGUCAGUGGUCAUCUCCAAUCCAAUCCCGUGCAAUACAGCUUUCCCGACAGACCACGUCUCCAUACACUCUGACAACGGAAAAGACGCCGAGCCCUCUUCACCCGCCCAACCAAUUCAGCGCACCUCGGAGGAAAGUGGCGUGCCGGAGGAAAGCGCCCCGCCAAAAGAAAGCAGCGUCUCAUCCAAAGACGUCAACUCGUCCGACUCUGAUCUCAGCUCCAGCGGAACCAACACGCCCAAGAGGCAUUCUGUGUCCGACCCAGAGGCCAGCGACCGCUGCACGGGGAGUCAAAGUCUGGAGGAGGCAGAAGCCGACAUGGCCGCCAACCAGUCCGAUGACUCCGGGGUGGGCGUGCCCAAGUCAGAGGCUGCAAGUCACAAAGUGUCUGAUCCCUCGCACUCUGCAGGCCGCUCUCUGCAGAGUCCUGAGCAGGAGGCUGUGAGUGACCUAGCAUCUGAAGGUCCUGGGCAGGAGGCGGUGAGUGACCCAGCUUCUGAAGGUCCUGGGCAGGAGGCUGUGAGUGACUCAACAAUUGAAGGUCCUCAGCAGCAGGAGGCGGUGAGUGACCCAGCUUCUGACGGUCCUGGGCAGGAGGCGGUGAGUGACCCAGCAACCGAGGCCCGGCCGACGCAGGCACCGGUCCCGGCCCCUCGCAUCUCGUUCCGCUGCGCAGAUCGACCUCCGCUCUUAGUCGCUAAGGCGCAGGAUGAAGAAUCGGUCCCCUCGAAGACUGAGGACUCCAGUUGCAAAAAUCCACCUGGCUUCCUUUACAAGGCGGUGGCGCUGCAGAGCCACGCGGCGUCUGAAGGAGGCCUGCUGCAGUUUGAACAGGGAGACGUCAUCCUGGUGCUUGCUGACGCUCAAGAGGAAGGCCUGCUGAAGGGGAUCAGGGAGGAGAGCUGGAACCAGCACCAGGAUCUACACACUCACUCUGGGAUCGUCUCGGAAAAACUCCUCCAGCUGGUUGAGGCGGAGUGAAGCAAUAGUCACUCCUCAGCCUGUAAUACUUUGUUGUUCCUUUGGGCAGUGGGUGACACACACACACACUCGCCUAUAGAGAGAGUGAACCCACAUGUUGGAGGUGCAGAGCUGCGCAGACGUGAACUCGCAUGCUCCGAUGUUGUAACUUUUGGAAGGAACAUUUUGCAAGAUGUAUUUGGAUGUUUUGAUAUUUUUGCUGAUAUUUUAAAGUCUUACUGUGAAACAAAACACCAGUUUUGUUUAAUGAUGCUGUGACCUGUACAUUUCUUAAUAAAGUUCUAUAUAAAAAGGGGAGG